UUUUGUCGCACGCGGCGCUGCCAUGGGGAUGUGUCCGCUGUUCAUCAUCCUGUCUCUAACUCUCGUCCACGUCUCAGCUCAAGCAGUGCUUCUCACAGCGUGUCCGAACAGCACUUUCACCUGCGGAAACGGACGCUGUGUCUCCGUUAGCUAUGUCUGCGAUGGUGAUAACGACUGUCAGAACAACAGAGACGAAGAUGUCUGCCGGAAUGGAUGCCCUCGAACGCACUUCGAAUGCCACAAUGCAACGAGCAGAAGAAAAUGUAUUCCUAAGAGCUUCGUCUGCAACCUCAACGACGACUGCAUCGACGGCGAAGACGAGAAGCAAUGUGUGCCGCGUUGUACCGCGGCGCAGUUCCUCUGCAGGGAUAACACGUCCUGCGUGGCCAGAAGAGUUCUCUGUGACGGUGAGCGCGACUGCGCCGAUGGCUCUGACGAAGUUGGCUGCUUCGACAGUUGUUCGGAGUCUGAAGUUCCCUGUAACGUCUUCGGGCGUCCGUGUUUGUCUAAGCGCCAUGUUUGCGACGGUGUGCAGGACUGUCUUAACGGAACUGAUGAGACGAACUGCAUUCGGCAAGACCCUGAAGGACACCGCUGUGGUUCUUGUCCUGAAGGUCAGUUUGAAUGCCGAGAUCAACUUAGGUGUCUCAGAGCAGAUAAACGUUGUGACGGGGACGUCGACUGCAACGAUGGUUCUGAUGAAGUAGGGUGUCCUCAACGUGUAAUUUGUAAUUCGACUCAAUUCCUCUGCAAUGAUGGAACAAAAUGUAUUCUGCGCGGCCAAGUAUGCGAUAACGUUACCCACUGCAGCGAUGGCUCUGACGAGUUCGGCUGCGACCCUUGCGAAAAAGCAAACUGCAGUCAAAGGUGCACUUCUUUCCUGAACGGUACAACAGUGUGUUCUUGUCACCACGGCUACAGACUGCUUCCUGACGGAGUGACUUGCGAAGACAUCGAUGAAUGCGUGGGUGACAAUCCGGGUUGUAGCCAUAUUUGUACCAACAGGAAAGGUUCGAGGUCUUGCUCUUGUUUCGAAGGAUACCGCAUGCUCGGAGACAGCAUUUGCAAGGCCGAGGGCGCGGAUGCUGUGAUGGUUUUCGCUGUCAGGAACAUGAUAAAGGGGAAAUCCUUGAACGCGAAUCGUAUAUACGACAUUCACCCCACGAAAGGUGACGCAUCGGCGGUAGAAGUCGAUAUUGAAAGACGAAAGCUGUACUGGGCCAUUACAGACUCGGAGGGCAGCACAGUCCAUUCGUGCUUCCUCAACGGCACGGACUUCAAAGUCGUGGCUCACUUUUCGAGAUCGAAAAUUGAAGAUAUAGCAUGGGACUGGUUUUCGAGGAACCUUUACCUUCUUGAUUCUUGGCGUAAACGUAUCGUUGUCUGCACGCAUAACGGGGAUGCCUGCGGUGACUUGAUAGUCGACAAUAUCAAAGUUCCCGGGAAUCUCGUUCUUGUGCCACACUCGUCUACAAUGUAUUGGACGGAACUGGGGAAUCCAGUAGCAAUCGUGACAGCCGGCAUGGAUGGAACCAAUGCAACUCACCUCCUGGCUGGUGACCUUCGUCACCCUUCUGGUCUUACCUACGAUCAGAUCACCGACAGACUCUACUGGUGCGACGACAAACAAGGGACGAUCGAGUCCCUCGACGUCCCGACCAUGCGACGACGCACACUGCUGGGGAAACAACGUCGCUUCACGCCUGGAAACCUUGACAACUUCGAGGACCAUCUUUUCUGGAUCGACUGGACGACGUCGACGUUCAGGAUGAGCAGGAAGUUUGGAAGUAACUACAGUGCUGAACUGAGCAUCGGAGACACGUCUUCCAUGAAGACGUUCGGUCUCUACCACCCUGUACUGGUACAGCAACGUACAUACAAUCCUUGCAGAGAGAACCCUUGCAGACGUAUUUGUCUGUUGAGUCCGGUGACAACGGCGGGUUAUAGGUGCAUGUGUGAUGAUGAAGGCUGUGAUGUGGGUCAGUCGUGGGACGGAUGUGCUGGACAAGGAGGCAGAGAAACGUUGACUGACUGAUUGAUUGAUUUGAGCGAUUGAACAUUCACUUAUUUCUGAUCUGACACGACCGCAGUAUAAGGGUUUAUGGACGUUGUCGGAUGACGUUCUCGUGGUGGCUUUAAGAGGAACAGUGAGGAGAAAAAGGUUACUUAUCUAAUCUUAUCUAUAUACUCUGAGCCUAUAUUUCCAUUGUCAUCGUUGGCGUCGGGUAUACCGUAUUAGACUCCCUCGAUUACGUCGUGAGAUUUGCUCAGGGUGUUCUCGGUCAAUAUGUAUUUUCCUCAUUCCUAAUUUUUUGAGUUCGCUUCCUUUGUUUGUCCUUUAGUCUGGCUUCCUCCGUGUGGGAUAUCGCGAUGUUUGCUGUUCAAGCAGUUUUUUUUAUGUUAUAGUUCUUUUAGUGCCAGCGUAUAUUUUCCCGGACCACAAGUAUUGGACUAGCCAGUCCUGACCCUGUCGGACUAACAACUCCACAUUUUUUGUUUUCGUCUAUUAAAGAGUCUCUUGAGGUAAUGCAUUACCUUAUGUAACAAAGCAUUGUGUGGUAUACAUUAUUAUUAUUAUUAUUUUUGCAUAGUCAGUAUUAAGGCAGGAUGCUAAAUACCGUAGUUCCCGUGUGAUUACUAGAGUUUUCGUAACCAUGCACUUUACUUCCAUUCUUUGGACUUGGAACGCAUCAAAUGUUUAUCAAUGCCGUGUCAAAAAAGAAUUCAGGGGUGGCAAGAGUGUGUGAAUGUAAAUAAAAUUAAUGUGAUCGA